CUUAGGUGGCACUUUUUACCAAAUCAACGUCGUUACAUACACACUACCAUUUCUGACCUUAACCAUGGCCGAAACUUCCACCACCACCAACUUCAAUGGUAACUCCAACAGACGCUUUAUCAAGCGUCCCGAUGACUCUGCCGUCAACAAGCAGGUUGACGCUCUCAGAGCCGAAAUCAAGAAGUUGGACUUGACUUCCAACGAGCUUGCCAACCAGAUCAAGAAGGUCCAAGUGGACCAAAAGGUCUACGACAAGCGUAAUGCUUUGCAAGCCCAAUUGAAGACUAUCAUUGCCAAGCAGUCCACCUUGAAGAACGAAAGAAACACCAUCAACGAACAAAUCAAGGGUAUCGACCAACAAAUGAAGAAGAAGAUCACCGAGAUCCAGCACGCCACUUCCAAGCAUUCCUUCAAGAACGUCCACGAAAUUGACCAGCGUAUUGCUUCCUUGGACAAGUUGGUUGACAACGGUGACUUGAAGUUGGCCGAAGAAAGAAGAUACGUUAAAGAAAUGUCCUCUUUGCGUAAGUUGAGAAAGGAUUUCGAAGGUGUCGAGAAAAUCCAGGCCCUUAUCGAUGCUGAUAAGACCAAGAUUGCUGACUUGAAGGCCAAGAUCUCCAAGCUUCAAAACAAGCAGAUUCAAGAAGAAUUUGAAACCAUCCAAAAGGAAUUGGAUGAAAUCAACUCCAAGAACAAGACCACCCUUACCAAGAAGACCGAAUUAAUCAACAAGAGAGACUCUAUUAGAGCCGAAAAGAAGGAAAAGUACGAUGAAAUCAACAAGUUGAGAAGCGACUUGGAUGCUCAAUUUGCCAAGUUCAAGCAAGCCAUGGCUGACGAGCAAAAGAAGAGAGAUGAAGAAUACAAAAACAAGCGUGCCGAAGACAAGAAGAGAGAAUUGAAGGAGCUUGCCGACAAGCAAUUGGCCGAUGCUGCCAUUCCUGCAUUCAGUGAAGAAAUAAGUACUAUCCACAACUUGUUGGCAUACUUUGAUCCUAGCUACGUGAAGCCAGCUCCAAAGACUGGUUUGAACAACGGCAGCAAGCUCACCGCCAACCACAACAUCAGAACCGUGGAAAUGCCAAGUGACGUUGUCAUUAUCAAGAAGGAACAAGAAGAUUUCUUUGCUGGUUCCAGAGGAAAGAAGGCCACCAAGGGUAAGAAGUCCAAGGCCAAGAAGUUCACUGUUGACCCAGAAAUCAUCAUUUCCUUGAGCGACUUGAGUAUUCCAUUCCCACCAACUGAAGAAGAUGUUCCAGAAACCGUCAAGAUCUUGAAGGAAACCUUGACUGCCUUGGAAGACAAGCAAGAAGAACAAACCAAGAUCAACAUUGAAAAGGCCAAGGCCAGAGUUGAAAAAUUGAAGGAGCAAGCAUCUGAGGAGGAAUCUGAUGAAGAGUAAUUCUGACCGUAUUAUACCUGCCUAAUAAACUAGAUCGUAAAUGUAUAUACUUUUAAUAUAGGAAGUAGAAUACUGGUGGU